GUUGAUCCUCAAGAUGGAACCACCUCUUGGUCUGUUAUUAGAUGAAAGUGUUUCUCUGCUGAUGACCCAGUUGAGUUUUACCUUCGUUUUGAUUGGUAUCUUCAGUUUUACACAGAAUAUUAAAAAGGGUGUGAUGGAACUGGAAUUUGGCAUUUCUUGAUCAGACAGGACCUAAUAAAUCCUAAUGUUAUGAAUUACAUUACUUGAUCAAACAGGAAAAGAGAUUGUUGAUGAAAUUAAUAAAACUCUAGAGAAACAUGGGGUAGAAAUGCGAGUUUAUGCCUUGGACCUUGAGCAGGUAGAUGAUACAAUAGGAGAUUUGGCUGGUGGUAGGUACUAUAGUAGGGACUGUGUGGCUGCAGUUUCUCUAGGAAUGGGCACAAAUGCAACUUAUGUAGACACACCACACUCUGUUCCUGGAUGGCAAUGGCAUGGCCCAUUACCAAAGUCAGGCGAGACAAUAUUCGUAAGGCUGGUUUUAGGGAUGUACUUGGGAGAAAUUGUAAGAAGAGUCUUACUGAAGAUGGCCCAGGAAACAGCCUUAUUUGGUGAUAGUGUGCCUCCUAAUCUUAUGAUCCCCUACCAGUUGAGGCAUUGUGGCCAUUAUGAAGAAGCUGGGAAGAAUAAAGGGCACAGAAGCGUGGUAACAGUUGGAGGAGGGCUUUAUGAACACUAUAGAGUCUUUAGAAAUGAUCUCCACAGCAGUGUGUGGGAAAUGUUGGGGAAUCAACUCUCAGAAAAUGUAAUAAUUGAACAUUCCCAUGGCGGCUCUGGUGCUGGGGCUUUAUUCCUUGCUACUUCUCAAACCCAAGAAUCUCAACAGGAUUCCUAACUUAUGUAAUCAUCAGAAUAUGCAAUUUUGUUUGAGAAGUUGGGGGGAAAAAAUAAAAAAAAGGUCUUGAAGUCUGUCAGACAACCGUGCAACCACCCCAGCUCGGAUGACUCCAGCUGAGAACGAUCCUCUACUGCUUCAGUGAUCGCAGGGAUCAUGAAGCUGUUAAUCACGCUCUGGUUAAACGGUCUUGAUUCAUCCACCAGACUUUGGAUCCUGUCUCCUUAGAACUCAAGGAUACAGAAGUACGAGCCUAUAGAACAGAUC